AUGUUAUGGAUGCAGAGACAGAUGAGGAUAGUAUUUGCUGCAGAGAGAGCAGCAGAAGCAGCAGCAGCAGCAGCAGCAGCAAGACCAAUGCCUUAUACUCAUAUACUAUCAGGGGCCCUUAAGGGUCUUGCUGCUAUGCCUAAGGGAGCAAGAGGUAUAUCUUGUUACUAUCUGCAGCAGUAUGUGCUGCCUGAGGAGCAGCAGCAGCUGCAGCAGCAGCGCAGCAAUACAUAUGGCUUGCUGCAUGCAGAUGCUGCUGCUACAGUACCAUCAGCAGCAGAUAUACUUGCUGCUGCUCCUUGGACAAAGGACCCUACUAGUCCCUUCCUUAGUGUCUCUGAUUGGUCUACUCUUACACAGCAGCAGCAGCAGCAGCAGCAGCAGCAGCAGCAGCAGGACAAAGAACAAGAACAGCAGCAGCAGCAGCAACAGCAGCAGCAGCAGCAGCAGAGUGAGUUUGUGCCUGUAUGCACAUAUAGGGAUCCUCUUUAUGGUGUAACAGUAACAGCCCCAUUCUCUUCUUUGCUGCAUGCAGCGGCAUCGGGGUGUACAGGCAGCUGCCCUCUUCCUUUCUGGAGUGAAUAUUCUUCUAAUGAGGAGACAGCAGCAGCAGAAGCAGCAGCAGCAGCAGCAGCAGCAGGAGCUGCUGCUUCUGCUGCAGGAGGGACAGGGAAAGGAGGAGGAGCAGCAGAAGCAGGGUUCUCAGCAGCAGAGUUGUACCAUGAUACUUCUCCUGCUACUGCUUUUCCUGGUGCAGCUGGUGCUGGUGCAGCAGCAGCAGCAGGUGCUGCUCCUGCUGCUGCAGCAGGAGCAACAGCAGCAGAAGGAGAAGCAGAAGCAGCAAAGAUCCCAGUGUUAUGUGCAUCUGGUGGUCCUUCCUUAUACAACGGCUGCAGCAAGUUGGAUUUCUUUGCCCUGUCUGCAUCCCCUAUGCAGCAGCAGGAGGAGCAGCAGGAGGAGCAGCAGGAGGAGCAGCAGGAGGAGCAGCAGGAGGAGCAACAGGAGGAGCAACAGGAGGAGCAACAGCAGCAUCGAUUGCUUCCUCAGCAGUUAAAAUAUUUGCAGCAACUGCAGCAACAAGUUCAGUCUAUAAAAGAGGAGCAAAUAGGUGUAUCAAUAACAGGAGAAGCAGCAGCAGAUUUGCUGCUGCUGCAGCAGCAGGGGCCCCUUAAUAAGAAAAUAAUACAUUUAGUUAGUGGUAAUGAGGCCCUUACCCCUAGGGAGCUAUGGGCAUUAGAUUCUGUAUUUGCUGCUAUGCCUGGUGCCUUAGUUAGAUGGCAUGUACUCCUUAAUUGUAAUAAUAAUAAUAAUAAUAAUAAUAAUAAUAACCAGCAGCAGCAGCAGCAGCAGCAGCAGCAAGAGCAGCAGCAAGAGCAGCAGCAGCUAGAGAGGUGCCGCAACAGGGCAAGAGAGCAACACUUUGCGCAGAUGCAAUUAUUUUGGCGAGGAGGAUUCAAUCUUCAAUAUGUACAACAUGAUAGUCUACAGGCAUAUCUAAAGGGUCUUCCUAUUGAGCGUCAUGCAUCUGUAUUAGGUCGUCAACCAUUAGGUGCUGCUGCUGCACUGCAGGAAGUAUUACAGCAUAUGUUACGUACAUUAACAGCAGAUAUAAUACGUAUUGCUGCUGUAUACAAAGAAGGAGGACAUAAUAGAUUAAGAGAAUGGUUAGCUAAUGUAGCUCUCUUAUUAGAUAAUAAUACAAGUAGCAGCAGCAGCAGCAGCAGCAGCAGCAGCAGCAGCAGCAGCAGCAGCAGGAGUUGGGCUAUCUAUGAAGGUAUUAGACAAUUAUUAUUGGGGCCAAGACGCAGCAGAUGGAGUUGGGAAGGAAGAGAGGGAAGAAAACUUAAGGAAAUGUUAGCAGCAAAUGCAGCAGCAGAAAAAAUAUAUCUACAGCAGCAGCAGCAGCAGCAGCAGCAGCAGCAGCAGCAGCAGGAGCAGGAGAAGGAGAAGGAGGAGAAGGAGGAGAAGGAGGAGGAGGUAAAUAAGAAGGAUAUAGAGGAAGCAGAUAAUGCAUUUGUUAGGAUGCUCCUCCUCCCUUGGGGUACAAUAGGUAUUCAGGCAUUAAUGUUUAUGAUUAAUCUAUGGGCAACAGAGAAGACACAAGAUAUAGAUGUUCGUCUUAUGCCUCCAACUAUACAUGAAUAUGUUCACCAAUACACCCAACACCAACAGCAGCAGCAGCAGCAGCAGCAGCAGCAGAUAGUGCAGCAGCAGCAGAUAGUGCAGCAGCAGAUAGUGCAGCAGCAGCAGAUAGUGCAGCAGCAGCAGAUAGGGCAGCAGCAGGAAGGAAAGGAAGAUAAGAAUCCGUGGUUAUGUGUAAAAGAAAUACUAGGGGAGGGAUCACCACCUUCUGCUGCAGCAAUACAGCAGCAUAUGCAGCAAUCUGCUGCAGUGCAGCAGCAACGGCAGCAGCUGCAGCAACAGCAGCAGCAGCAGGAGGGUGAUCAGGAUAAGAGUCCUGUUUUUAAUAUAUUUGGUGUUCCUAUUCCUUCCCCAAUUAAUUUGCUGCUGUCUGUGCUGCAGCAAACAGGAAAGUUGCUGCAGCAGCUGCUGCUGCUGCUGCAGCAGCUGCAGCAUCAAGGCUUAUAUUUUUCUGACGAGCAUAUAGCAACAGCAGCAAAUCAAUGCAGCAAUCCUUCUUCCUCCCUUACCCUGUACGGACCCCAAGGAUUUUAUCCAUUAGUACACCGAGCAACAGCAGCAGCAGCAGCAGCAGGAGAUAAGAGGAUAGAUGUAAAUGAUAAUAUACUAUGGGAAGCAGCAGCAGCAGCAAAAG